GUUCAUUAAUUGUGUUAUUACAUUUUCUAUUUCUUGAUUCAGAUGAUUAUUUCAAUCAUUUUUUGUUUCCGAUAUUGGCAGCAUUGUGUGACGUCAUUUGAGAACCAAAAAAUAAUGCUUCUAUUGGUGUUCCACCGUUGGCCAAAUUUGUUUCGAUCGAGCGGUGCGCAUGCGCAUUGAGUGGUGCCAGCGACUAGACAAUGAGAGAGCAUAUCUCCUCUCUCUCAUGUUCGAUAUGUCGCUGGAUCUUAUUAGUGACUUUCUUAAUAAUAACGAUCCAUUGGUGUUCCACCGUUGGUUAAAUUUGUUUUGAUCGAGCGGUGCGCAUGCGUGUUGAGUGGUGCCAGUGACCAGACAAUGAGUGAAUUCAUCCCCUCUCUCUCAUGUUCGAUAUGUCGCUGGAUCUCAUUAGUGAUUUUCUUAACGAUCCAGAUUUCAACGACAAUCCAAUUGAGUUGGAUCAACGCUCAGCCCCGCCUCUACCUGCAUCACCACCACCACCACCACCACCACCACCACCACCACCACCACCACCAAUAAUGGCUGACGACCAGCAACCACCCAAUAUCCAGCAGCCUCAGCAGCCCCAACACCUCCAACAAUAUGACCAACAGCUGCAGCAUCCUCACCAGCCCCAACAGCUUCAGCAACAAUCCUCACAGCUAGAGCAACAACCACCCGAUAUACAACAAGAUCAACAUUCACCCGCACAGUCCCACCAGUAUCACCUACAACCCCAACAACCUCAGAAUCCUCAGCAGCCCCAAGAGCCUCAACACCAACCUCAACAGCCUCAGCAGCCAUCCCAGUACGAUAUCCAUGAUCUCUUUGGAAAUAUUAAUGAACGCAUGGAUGUCUUGGAACAAUUGUUUGUUGGCAAUUACAAUCGUGUGAAUGAGCAACGUAGAGGAGGUAGUCGAGGUAACAGAGGGGGUAAUCGAGGUAAUAGAGGCGGUAAUGCAAGUAACAGAGGAGGCACAGGUGGCUAUGGAGCAGGUGGAAGGAGUCAACGGGGGCGACUAGAUGGAUGGAACGUGGGAAAUGGACAGGCGAAAGAGAAUGGUAGGAGACGAAGAGCUGGGCAAAACCUUGAUCAUCGUAACGCGAUAUUUUCCUAUAAGGACUUGAGAGUAGUCCCUCGUCGAAACUGUUUUUUCGACGGUUCACAAAGAUUCAUCCAUGGAUUCAUUCUGAAUUCUUCAUUCAGGAUUCUGUGAUAAUAAACAGAGGAGAAGCAUUCCAUCUCGAAAAAUAUAUAUAUUCAAAAACGUUUUCUAGUGAGUAUUGUGUUGUGUUUUCUUUUUAUAGGGAAACAAAUUUCUCUUAUAUUAACAAAAAAGUGAGCAUAGUAUUAUGUUAACUGUAAGAGCUAAUUAUGCAGUUUAGUGAUUGUGUUCAUGAUAAAGAGUUUUGAAGGUAUUAUAACAUAAGCAGAGGAAAACUAUUCCAUCUGGAAAAAUAUGCAUUUAAAAACUAUUGGUAUUGAGUAUUUAGUUCUGUUUUAUUUUUAUAGGGAAAAAAAAAUCUCUUAUAACAACAAAAAUGUGAGCAUAGUAUUAUGUUAACUGUAAGAGCUAAUUCUGCAGUUUAGUGAUUGUGUUCAUGAUAAAAAGUUCUCAAAGUAUUAUAAAAUAAACAGAGGAAAACCAGUCCACCUCGAUAAAUAUGCAUUUAAAAAGGAUUUGUAUUGAGUAUUUAGUUCUGUUUUCUUUUUAUAGGGAAAAAAAAUUCUCUUAUAUUAACAAAAAUGUGAGCAUAGUAUUAUGUUAACUGUAAGAGCUAAUUCUGCAGUUUAGUGAUUGUGUUUAUGAUAAAAAGUUUUCAAAGUAUUAUAAAAUAAGCAGAGGAAAACCAGUCCACCUCGAAAAAUAUGCAUUUAAAAACGAUUUGUAUUGAGUAUUUAGUUCUGUUUUUUUUUUAUAGGGAAGAAAAUUUCUCUUAUAUUAACAAAAAUGUGAGCAUAGUAUUAUGUUAACUGUAAGAGCUAAUUCUGCAGUUUAGUGAUUGUGUUUAUGAUAAAAAGUUUUCAAAGUAUUAUAAAAUAAGCAGAGGAAAACCAGUCCACCUCGAAAAAUAUGCAUUUAAAAACGAUUUGUAUUGAGUAUUUAGUUCUGUUUUCUUUUUAUAGGGAAAAGAAAUUCUCUUACAUCAACAAAAAUGUGAGCAUAGUAUUAUGUUAACUGUAAGAGCUAAUUCUCCAGUUUAUUGAUUGUGCUCAUGCUAAAAACUUGUAAAAGUAUUGUAAAAUCUUUUUUUCAUGAAGUUUUCCGUUUUGUUUCAUGCACAAAAUUUCAUUAAACCCCUUAA